AUGGAGGUUGGCGAUUUCCCGUUGAAAGGCAAGAUCGUCGUCGUGACGGGCGGUGGCUCCGGCAUCGGCUUCGAGAUCGUCAAGCUCGCCGUGUCCGCCGGCGCCAAGGUCGUCGUUGCCGACCUAACGCUGGGCGAUGCAUCCGAGGCGUUCGUGAAGAGCCAGAGCGGGGAGGACCUCGUCUUCCAACGCUGCAACGUGACCAAUCGGGACGACUUGGAGGCGCUGGUCGCGGUCGCGGAGAAGAAAUGGGGAGACGUGCCGGACGUGUACAUGGCAUCAGCCGGGGUGUUCGAACCGACCUCCUCAAACUUCUACACCGACCAAGAACACCACCACUACCGCACCCUCUCCAUCAACGUCACCGGCCCCCUCAAGCUCACCCGCAUCGCCCUCCGCGCCCUCCUCUCCCGCAACAAACGCGGCGUCGUCCUCGUCGUCUCCUCCAUCGCCGGCUACGCGCCCGGCGCCUACGCCGUGCCCCUGUACACCGCCUCCAAGCACGCCGUCGUCGGCUUCGUGAAAGCCAUGCGCAAGGCCGACGUCGAGGAGGGCGUCAAGGUCGUCGCGCUGUGUCCGGGCGUCGUGCGGACGAGGCUGUGGUCGCCAACGACGACGACGAUGACGACGACUUCGCCAGGAGGAGGAGGAGGAGGAGGAGGAGGAAAAGGGGGACCGGGCGAGGCGCAGGCGCUGGAUCUGUUGGCGCGGUUCGGGUAUCCGGCGGGCUCGAUCUUGGAGCCGGCGGCGGCGGCGCGGGCGGCGGUGGAUUUGGUCGAGGAGGGGAGGUAUGGCGGCGGCACGGUGCUGGAGGUGACGACGGGGGGGAGGCGCGUCGUGCCCGAGUGGGGGAUCCGGCCGCCGCCGGUGGGGCGGCACGGCGGGGGGGAUAAGGGUGCGCCGAGGGAGGUGGUGCCGGCGGCGGGGGUCGAGGUGCGGGAAUACCUUGCGAGGGAGAGGGGGGCGGCGGGGAGGGGGAGCGGCGGGAGCAGGUCGAAGCUGUGA